AUGGUCGGGGAUAUUAUGGACGAGCUUGUAAACCACGAGACACGCCCUCCGCGCAGCGCGUCACGCUGCUGCUCCGAAAAGGCGUUCCACCACAGCGUGCACCACCGCCCGGGCGGCGACUUCGCUCCCACCCAGCAGAGCGUCAAAGCUGCCUGCCCUUCGCCACAAGAUAAGGAGAUCGCAGCCUCACGACGGGGCCACCUCCAAUCUCCACGACGCCCCCCACUUAACCCCAGCGCCCGAAGCCACUCGCCGCCACCCGUGGCCAUGGCCUUCCACCCGCUGGCCGCCUCGCGCGUCCACCUCUCCCCACUCCUCCCCGCCGGCCCCGCGGCCGCGCCCUCCUCCGCCGCGCCGCACCACCGGCGCCGCUUCACCGCCAUCGUGGCCACGGCGGCUGCAUCCGCCUCGGCGACCACGGAGUUCGACUUCAAGGCGUACAUGGGGGAGCGCGCGGCGGCCGUCAACCGCGCGCUGGACGCGGCCAUCCCGGAGGGGGAGCCCCCCGCGGCGCUCCACGAGGCGAUGCGGUACGCGCUGCUGGCGGGCGGGAAGCGGGUGCGGCCGGCGCUGUGCCUGGCCGCCUGCGGCGUCGCCGGCGGGCGGGAGGCCUGGGCGAUGCCGCCGGCCGCCGCUGUCGAGAUGGUGCACACCAUGUCGCUCGUCCACGACGACCUCCCGUGCAUGGACGACGACGACCUACGCCGCGGCAAGCCCACCUGCCACGUCGUCUACGGCGAGCCCAUCGCUGUGCUCGCCGGCGACGCGCUGCUCUCGCUCGCCUUCCGUCACAUGGCCAGCGUCGACUCCUACCCGCCGGACGUCGACCCAGACAAGCACGCUGCCCGCGUCGUCCGCGCCAUUGGCGAGCUCGCGCGCUGCAUCGGCUCAGAGGGCCUCGUCGCCGGUCAGGUUGUUGAUCUUGAGAUGACUGGUUCAACUGAAAUUGUGCCCCUUGAACGCCUUGAGUACAUCCAUUUCCACAAGACUGCUGCAUUGCUCGAGGCCUCAGUGGUCAUUGGGGCAAUCAUCGGGGGUGGCUCGGAUGAGCAGGUUGAGCGGCUGCGGAAGUACGCGGGGUCAAUAGGGCUCUUGUUCCAGGUGGUCGAUGACAUACUUGAUGUGACCAAGUCGUCGGAAGAGCUAGGGAAGACAGCAGGGAAGGACUUGGCAAGUGACAAGACGACAUACCCUAAGUUACUGGGGUUGGAGAAAUCGAGGGAGUUUGCAGAGAAGUUGCUUUCUGAUGCAACGGCGCAGCUUGCAGAAUUCGACAAAGAGAAGGCGGCACCUCUGUUGCAUUUGGCCAAUUAUAUCGCCCAUAGGCAGAACUGAGGUGAUGCUUAUUCUGUUGGUGUUCAUUGUUGAUUUGUAACUUUGAGGCCAUUAAGGUUGGGUUUCAGGAACAUUCCAAUUAUCCUACGAUACAUAUUAGUUGUAGCUUUCUACCUUGGUGUAAUGGGAAUAUUUUGUUGAAAGACAUUAAUAUCAUAUCAACUUAGUCAAACCUGAUUGAAAUC